AUGCCGAACCUCACCUUGCUCGCAUACAGACGUCUUCGCGCUGGAGGGACUCUAUUCGUUCAACGUGCUCUUCACGUUGCCAAGCGUGACCGCUCUACCCGAGCCAUUGAAGGGCCCGCCGUCCAACCAGCGCCCACGGCUCUCGCCAUGAUUUCGCCGACCGUCGUGGCCGAGUCGCCUGGGAGUAUCAGUGUACAACCCCUACGCCGCCGUCCGAAGGUGUCUAAGAAGAUGACGAAGGACAUUCUCCUUCUGAGUCUCGAAGGGCUUGCCCAAUCUGCCGAUGCGUUCCCGCCUCUCAAGAGUGUCGUCGGUGGACUGCUCUUCAUCAUGACGCAGGUCGAUGCCGUAUCGAGCAACAAGGAACAAGUCCGCGAGAUAUACACCCAAAUUGACGUGUUUGCUGCCUCGCUUGUACGCGCGGUGCCCGACGUGACGAUGCUUUCGCCUAUCACUCAAGACGCCAUCCGCGUACUAGCCGAGGAUAUGCAGGCUGUGCACCAGGACAUGGAAGGUCUCGCGCGCCAACGCGUACUCGUGCGGUUCAUACGCGCUAAGCGACACUCGUCCGAACUGCAGAACCUACUCAAGCGAUUGGACCAGGCGGAUGCAUCCUUUACUAGAGCCAUGCUGGCUAGCACGGAUGUGCAAAAUACGAGGAUAUUAGCCUGUGUACAGCCCUUGCGGGCAGAGUGUCUAGCCGCCGGCGCCACCGAUGAAAGUCGUCGCGUUUCAAGAUGA